AUGUCCUCCCGACACGACUACCGCCGGCGUGACGGGCGCGACGAGCGCGACAGAGACAGGGACAGAGAGCGCUACAGCCGGCACCGCGAUGCACCACGCAGGAGCCGGUCGAGGAGCCCCGCACGCCGCGGCGGCGAGAGGGACAGGCGCGCACCCGGUGUGUUCUCCGCAUGUGUAUACGUAUCCGCGAUUCUGCAUGCUAACUGUGCGCGUGCGCGGGGACCUGCAGACAGGCGUGACCACGGACGGGACGACGGCAGGCACGAGCGGAGGAGGGACGAGCGAGACAGGCGGGACUAUGACCGCGGGCGGGACGCGCGCAGGGAGUCCGCCCCGCUGGAGAGGGAGCGGGAUAGGGCGCGGGAGGCAGGGAUGAGGGCGGGGGAGCGGGAGCCCGACGUGCGGACGGGCGAGCGUGAUGGGCGACAUGCGGACGGGCGUGCCGUCCCUGUAGCGUCGGAGAGCAAGCAGGCAGCCUCGCGUUCUGCUACGGGCGGCUCAGAGGAGCCAGCCAGUGUGCAGCCGCGGCAGGAUUCUGAGGCGGGCUUGGAGAGCGGCGAAGAGGGCGAAGCAAUGGAGACGGUGAACGACGACGACGAGGCCAUGAUGGCCAUGAUGGGGCUUUCUGGGUUUGGGACCACCAAGGGCAAACACGUCGAGGGGAAUCAGGAAGGUAACGUGCAGGUCAAGAAGAUGCGCACAUGGCGCCAAUACAUGAAUCGGUGCGCAUAUAUACAACUUGCAAACUAA